AAAAUAAUCAAUUUUUAAUAAACAAAUGAAAAGAAAAAGGAGAGAGAGAUCGCGGUGUUUUGGGUAUAUCGGAGAAGGCAGCGUGUGGGGGAAGGAAAUCGCAGGGAAAGUCGGAGGGUUUUUCUCUUGUCUUUUUCUGAGGAAGAAGGCGGUGGCCGUCGGUGCUGACUCCGACAUUGGCUUCCUUUCGGAGAGUUUUUCCGGUUGCAGCGGCGGUUUUUACCAAGACAGGUAGUGAACCCUAGUACUCUGUGUGCUGUGUGCAUUGUGUUGUAUUGUUUGGAUUUGAGAGGAGGUGGCGACUGGAAUUUGUCCGAUUGAUUCAGUGGAUGGUGUGGGAAUAGAUGCGUUUAGGUCUU